AUGACUGACAAUUACAAAGGUUGGCACGAGCGGUUGCCUUAUGCUUUACUGGGAUACCGUACUACGGUCAGAACUUUAACAGAAGCGACUCCAUAUCUGUUAGUCUACGAUACUGAAGCAGUCAUACCUGCCGAAGUUGAGAUACCUUCUUUGAGAAUCAUUCAAGAAGCAGAAUUGGACAAUGUUGAAUGGGUCCGAGCUCGAUAUGAGCAAUUGGCUUUAAUUGACAAGAAAAUUAUGGUUUCUGUAUAUCACGGUCAACUGUACCGACAAAGGAUGGUAAGAGCCUUCAACAAGCGAGUCAGGGCUAGACUUUUCCAAAUUGGGCAGAUGGUGCUCAAAACAAUUUUGUCGCAUCAAGAUGAAUACAAAGGGAAGUUUGAUCCCAACUGUCAAGGUCCUUAA